AGCCUUCCUAGAGUCCAGCUUAAGGUGUUCCACCCACCAGCAGCUCUGACAGUGUCAUCAAAGCUCUCUGCCUUCUUCCUAGGGACAUGCCGGUCCAGGCCCGGGCCCUGGUAGAGAGGAUGAGACGCACUCCUACGAUCAACCUGGAGAAAGACUGGAAGCUGGUUACACUCUUCAUUGGGGGCAACGACCUGUGUCAUUACUGUGAGAAUCCGGAGAACCACUCGACCAAGGAGUCUGUGGAGCACAUCCAGCGUGCUUUAGACAUCCUUUAUGAGGAGCUUCCCAGGGUUUUCGUCAAUGUGGUGGAGGUCAUGGAGCUGGCUGGCCUGUACCAGGGCCAUGGCGGGAAGUGUGCCAUGCCGCUGGUAGUUCAGAAGAACUGCAGUUGCUUUCAAUACUCACAAAACCCCUUGGCAAUGCAGGAACUGAAGAAAGUGAACUGGAACCUCCAGGUGAGUCUCCACGCUCUCAUCCUCCUGUGGACCCCUGACGGGAGGCUAUGUUACGCUCCCACGGUGAGGACUCAGAACCUCGUGUGUUUGCCAGGGGUUGGCUGAGAGCAAGCAGCAGCUCCCUAAAAGGAGAUCUUAUCCCUCACAGUAUUUAUCCAGGGAAAGAUGGCAUGGAAACCCAAAAGGGGCAGUUGGAAAAAACCCAGCCUCCUGGCCCAGGCUCAGGCUGAGCAAAUAACAGCAUUAGCCUUCAGAGUAGCGUCACCCAGCAGAGACCGCUGCUGACCUCUAACCUUUAUGAGGGGAAGGGUGACGUACCUGGCUCCCACUUCUAUUUUUCCCUUCCCAUGAAUAGUAGCCCUACUGACAUCUACUUACCCCACCCUCUGUCUGCGCCCCUAACACUCCUGCGUAUCUACCAUCGUCCUCUUUUGGGACAAGCCCACCCAAAGCCUUUGUUGCAAACUAACCCCUCUUCGUGAGGUAAGUAAUCUUCCUCUUAGAAGCCCCCACCCCCACUCUCUCUUUACCUUACCAGACCUUCAAGCUAUCUGUAGUUCUCAUUUCUUCCCCUUUUGCCUCUGUUUACCAGAUGAACUGUGAAGUCCUAAGUAUGGAUGCAUCUUAGUUUAACUCUUUUAUAGUCUGUGUUUUGGGUACUUAAGUCUAAAACCUAUGGCCCCUCUAACCCUCUCAUCCUAAAUUCUUAGGCAUUUUUGAAGAGCCGAGGACUCACUCACUACUCCAUGCAGUGAGGGCCUGUGGCCAAUGUGAUGCCAUCAGUGGCUUAGACUUAGCCUCUUAGGAUAAAGUAGAGACUAUGAGUGGAGAGCUUCUCUAUCCAGGGCCUCUUGGCUCUGAUCCUGUCAGCCAGCACAGGACUCUAAGCUGUGGGUGU